AUGGGACUGUGUCUCGGUACAGAAGUGACGGAGGAGGAGAAGAAGGCGAGGAUCCACAGCGCCGGCAUCGACCGGAGCCUGUACCAGGACGCCAAGAGGGAGAUGAACAUGGUGAAAAUACUCCUGCUAGGUGCUGCAGAGAGCGGCAAAAGCACACUGGUCAAACAGAUGAAAAUCAUCCACAGUAAUGGAUUCACCAAGCAAGAGCUGGCCAGCUUCAAGCCUGCAGUCCUGGACAACCUCUUGACUUCUAUGAAAUUUGUCCUCCAUGGAAUGGGUGUCCUCCGCAUCAACCUGGCAAACAGCCGGAACAAGGUCCAUGCCCAUUCUGUCCUGUCAUGUGGGCGCUGUUUUGACGAAGAUCAGGUGCUGUUUCCUUUCGUGAGCCAUGCCCUGUCCUUUCUGUGGGCUGACCAGGGGGUGAGGGCCGCGGCUGCCCGUGGAUACGAGUACGAGCUCAAUGACUCUGCACUGUUUUUCUUUGACAACAUGACCCGCAUCACAUCUCCAGACUACGUGCCCACAGAGACAGACGUCCUGCGAGUACGACUGAGGACCACAGGCGUGAUAGAGACCCAGUUCAAAGUCAACCACCUCAUUUUCAGGAUGUAUGACGUUGGAGGCCAGAGGACGGAGCGGAGGAAGUGGAUCAGUUGUUUUGAGGAUGUCAGAGCAGUUCUGUUUGUCGUGUCUCUCAGUGGAUAUGACAUGACUCUGGUAGAAGACCCCGCCAUGAACCGUCUUCAGGAGAGCAUGAAGCUUUUCUCCUCCAUCUGCAAUAACGUGUUCUUCCGGAGCACAUCUAUGAUUUUGUUCAUGAACAAGAUAGAUCUUUUUCAAGACAAGAUUUUACACACUGGACGGCAUCUGCGGCUCUAUUUGCCUCAAUUUAAAGGUGCAGACUGUGAUGUGGAUUCAGCUGCCCGCUUCAUCGCUGCCACUUUUGUCUCACUCAACAACACACCCAGCAAACUCAUCUACCACCACUUCACCACGGCAACCGACACUUCCAACAUCCAGGUCGUCUUCCAGGUCGUUAUGGACACAAUAAUCAGAGAGAACCUGGCAGCUGUAUCGCUCCUAUAACCGGCGGUGGUGGCAUGAACUCCUGGAAGCUGAGACGUCAUCAGUACUUAAAUGAUGUCUCUACUGAAAAGACUGAAAGAGUCCAAAAAAAAAAGGAAAUUAGGGCAGUGAACUGAUCUCUUCCAAAGAUACUGUCUUUUUUCUGUUACACGAGGGGCAGCCUGUUUGGCUCGAUUGUAUUUAGAAGGUGAAGAACCACUAUGCCAAAACAUUCUUUGCCUUUUUGCCCUAAAAUGAAGAUUUUUAAACCUUUUUUAUUAAUGGGCAUUAAUAUAAAUUUUCUUUACCACAAAAGCUCACCAUCAACAGUGACAAUGCUCUUUUUGAAGACUUCAUUAUUUGUGUCUUCCUUUUGUGUGUGGGGAGGAUUUACUGUUAGUUUGUUAACUGACGUGGCCUGAGUUCACCACUGUAGCAUCAUGUGCUUCCCACACAUCCAUCACUACGUCUCUGCUGUGAUAUCCACCCUUAAAAUGUUGCAGCCAUCACUGAAAACACACACCAGUUUGCAUUUACUUGAAAGCACCCACAUGUCACUCAUCUCCCUGACUGUUAUUAGUCUAUGAUGAUUCUGGGUACCUAUUAUGAAUGGAGACCUUAGAAUCAUUCCUAGAUUUAAUUUCCUCCGUCUCCCCAGUGACUAUCAUGGUUACAGUGUUCGACACUCAUACAAAAGGUUAUCAAGCACAAUGUUGCCUCCCAUAUGCGAUUUGUGGUUUUCUCUGGAGCUGGUUUUGAGGGAUCCCCCUGAGCACCCGACUGUGCCAUCACCCCAGCCACUCUGAUGGAUACUAAUGACUGACUGACGCAGUCUGGAGUGAACACAGACUGGAAAAACAGUGCCUUACAAUAAACUGGAGUUCAUGGAGUCUGAAUAUAUGGAAAUGUUUUUUUUGUCUUUCUUAACACUUAGUGUUUGUGAUUCACAUUGUAUCUCUGCUUUUAAAGUCUUAAAGGCCACAUACUCCUGCUGUUAUUUUAUAUCAUGUACUCCACUGAAGCCACAUUUAAAAAUAAAUGUGGGUUUCGUUCUGUAUUUUUGUUUGAAGACAACCUGAUUUGUGUAUUUUUUUCAUUAAGAUUUGAAGACAAACAGACCACACACAUCAUGUCAUCAGUAUUUGUUCAUUUUAAUUAAUAAAAUAAAAGUAUUUCCCAGAAAAUGUGCACUGCAGUCAACUUCCAGGACAUGUAUUACAUUAUUACAGUUUGGCAGUAGGCCUACACAUGUCAGGGUUGAAUAGUAGAGAUGGAGAGACUCCUGAAAUGAUAAUGGCUUCAAAUGGUUUUUUUUCUU